AUGCGCGCCGAGCCUGGCGAUCCAGGAUCGCAGAGCAGAGAAAGCGAUGAUCGCAUCGCCGCUACAACUAGCGCGGCUGGCGCUGGUGGGUCCGUGUUCGUGACGGUUGGUACGACGCGGUUCGACGCGCUAGUAGAAGUGGUGGACAGCCGUGAAUGCCGCGCGGCGCUGAAGCAGCGCGGGUUCACCUCCGUGGUGGUGCAGCGAGGACGAGGGACGUACAAACCCGCCGAGGGCGACCCUGACAGCACGGGUGUGACAGUAACGAGCUUCGAGUUUGCUCCGUCCAUGGCACCCUACAUCGAGCAAGCAUCCCUCGUUAUAAGCCACGCAGGCUCAGGCAGCAUAUUCGAGGCACUGAGGGCGAGCAAGCCGCUGGUGGUGGCGGUGAACGACCAAGCCCUCCCCUCUGUUAUGCUGUUCUCUCUCCCCUGCUGCCCCGCAGGCUCAGGCAGCAUAUUCGAGGCGCUGAGAGCAAGCAAGCGGCUGGUGGUGGUGGUGAACGGGGCUCUCAUGGACAACCACCAGCGGGAGCUCGCAGGGGCGCUGGCGGCCAGGCACCACCUGGUGCAGGCGGUACCUGAGAGCCUGGUUGCUACAGUGAGGAAGAUGGACUUGGAAGGACUAUUGCCGUACCCACCACGGGAGGCUGAGAAGCAGCAUGUGGUGCAGGCAGCAUGUGGUGCAGGCAGCAUGUGGUGGACGCAGCACCUGGUGGAGGCAGCACCUGGUGGAGGCAGCACCUGGUGGAGGCAGCACCUGGUGGAGGCAGCACCUGGUGGAGGCAGCACCUGGUGCAGGCAGCACCUGGUGGAGGCAGCACCUGGUGCAGGCAGCACCUGGUGGAGGCAGUACUUGAAGGAGAUGGAUUUCGAGAAGGACGCUCGAGCGCUGAAUGAGUUUCUGGGGUUUGCGUAA